GUGGAUGGUAUUUGAGCAGGCGUUGACCGAUGUGUCAGAUCUGACCUAUUACUGAAUAUAAAUUCACUAUUCAGUCAACAGAGAACAUCACGACAGUCACUCCUGGAUAUUUAAACAAAAAAACACCUAUAAGAUGCAACGAAUCGAAUUUUCCGACAUCUUGAGGAAUGUGCCAGUCAUAGUGGAGAGUGAAUAUGAAGCUUUUUGCGAAGAAGACAAUGAAUCUGAAGCCCACGUUAUACCCAACAAUCUGACUCGCGCGGAAGGUCUCAUCCUGGACUACAAGCAGUUCUUGGCAGCCCGAAGUAUUCAACGCUUUGUCCGCGGCUGGCAGGUGCGCAGCUACAUGGCAAAAUUAGCCAGAUCGGCAGUCAUCGUACAGAAGUGGUGGCGAGGCUUUAUGUGCAGAAGGAGACUGCCACCCGUUGCCGAGGAGAGGUUGCAGGAAGCUGUUUUGGCUUACUACAACCUAUGUGCCGUUCGCAUUCAGACCCUCUUCCGGGGCUGGUGGUCCCGGAAGCACAUAUUUGAUCUGACCAGACUCAAGAUCAUGCAGCGGCUUGUCGCCGAGGACCUCAUUCACUCGGUGGCCAAGGUACUACACACCACAAAAGGAUCUGAAAUGCUGCCGGGUGUCUACACGCUGCGAAAUAACGAAAAAUGCCUCAAAUUCUCCGAACAGUUGUUGGUUACAUUCGGCUAUCGCUUCUACAAUGCCCAAGCCUGCUACAAAACUCUUCUGCAUUCCUCCUUAAUUUCCGAACAACGACAGGCUUUUUUGAGAUCUGCAAAAUAUACAUACGUGCCUUAUAUGGGCUUUAAUGAUGGCGGCAUUUGUAGUCGUCGACAUUCAUUUACCAAAUCAAUGAAAGCCAAGGAUGGUGAACUGUUCGAUAUAAUUCAGACAUUUGUGUCCGGUCAUCGGGCGAUGGACUUGGGACACACUGGAAAGCGAGACCAAAUGAUUAGUAUAAUGAAUGAUGAAGCUGAAAAGAAAAAAUAUCGAGAUUUCACUAUGAAGAGAAAGAAGUUUUUAAAGCAUGUCGUAGCAAGUAUGCAGAAGUGGAGUGGCGAUGGGGAAAAGAUUCUUCCGAAAGCAUUGUUCAAAAAGCCCUAUAAUAUGCAAGCUCUUCUUGAAGCGGUUAAGGACAGUAUUGUUGAAAGGUACGGCCCGUUGGACCAUUGCAUUUGUGGACCAAGCAAAUCCAUUUCUAGCAUCGACAGAGUUUAAUGCACUCGUCUGAAAUUUGUAUAUUUCAUAUGCAUCAGUUAAAUAUUUAUAUGUACAUGCUUUGGCGGUACCCUUAAGAUUCAAAAAUAAAUCAGCAAUGCAUUUAA